AUGUCGCCAAACACCUCUCCCGCCGGCAAGCGCAAGCGCAGCGCUUCUCACCUUCCCGCGCCCGUCCCCAAGUCCGUGACGGCCGACCUCCAGCCCUCCUCACGCGACGCGUCCGGCGAAGAGGGCGGCGACGACUCAACCGGCACCCCCAAUGAUUCUAAUGCCCCCGUUCACCAAUCCAAGCGUGUCCGCAAGAGCGUGGAUGACGCCCAGACCGGGUCCAACGGCGCCGCCAUUACCAACGAGGACCCCGGCGAGCCCUCCGAGACGACCGCUGCCAGCAGCGACAUCGAGGGCGGCCCCCGGUCCAGACCUGGUUUGCACAUCGAUCUGCCUGAAAAGGAGCCCGAAGUUCAGAUGGCCCCGCCGGUCGUUGGCCGUCUACAGGAUCCUGUCGGCUACCACACCAACCCGCCCCCAACCGGCCGCUCAGUGCGCGUCUACGCGGACGGUGUUUUCGAUUUAUUCCACCUUGGUCACAUGAGACAGCUUGAGCAGGCUAAGAAGGCCUUCCCCGAUACUUACCUCAUCGUCGGUGUCACUGGCGACGAGGAAACACAUCUACGCAAGGGCUUGACGGUUCUCAGCGGCGCUGAGCGUGCUGAGACCAUCCGCCAUUGCAAGUGGGUUGACGAGGUCAUCCCCUGUUGCCCCUGGAUCGUUACCCCGGAGUUCCUCUCCGAGCACCAGAUCGACUACGUCGCCCACGAUGAUCUGCCAUACGGCGCCGCCGAGGGCGACGACAUCUACGCUCCUAUCAAGCAGCAGGGCAAGUUCCUGGUCACCCAGCGCACAGAGGGUGUCAGCACCACUGGUAUCAUCACACGUGUCGUCCGCGACUACGACCAAUACAUCUCCCGUCAAUUCAAGCGCGGUGCCUCGCGCCAAGAGCUCAAUGUCUCCUGGUUGAAGAAGAACGAGCUCGAGAUCAAGCGCCAUGUCGUCGAGUUGCGCGACAACAUCCGCAACAACUGGACCAUGACUGGCCAAGAGCUUGGCCGUGAAUUGCGUCAAAUCUGGCAGAACUCCCGCCCCAACAGCCCCGCGCCUAGCGCUCGCAACUCCAUGGACUGGGGUGUCAACCGUGGUCCUCUUACCAGCCCAACUGGCGGUAGCAAGAGCCACCUGUCGCGUGUUGGUGGUGAUAUCCCCGCUCGGCCCGAUAGCCCUAUGGGUUCGCGUCGCAACGACGACUUCGCCACUGGAUACAGUCUCGGUCUGGUCGGUGGUGUGCGUGCUUGGAUGGCUCGCAGUCGCCAAUCCCUCCAGGAGACCCCGAGCGGUCUGCACUCCCCCACAGACGAGGAGAUCGACCCGGAGCACAAUGGAUACGAGGAGGAACCGCGCGGUCGUGCCGGCCACGCCAACCACGCCGACCGUGUCCCAGCCCAGUAA